AUGGCUGCCAUGCUGGAGUUCCGCACGGCGGGCUUCAACCCCUACGCCGUCAAGUAUUCGCCCUACUACGACUCGCGCAUCGCCGUCGCGACGUCGGCCAACUUUGGCAUCGUCGGCAAUGGCCGCGUCUUUGCCCUCGGCCUGACGGCGCGUGGUGUCCAGGUAGAAAAGACCUUCGACACAAACGACGCCCUCUACGACCUGGCCUGGUCCGAGAUCAACGAGAACCAGCUGAUUGUAGCCUGCGGUGAUGGAUCGCUCAAGCUUUUCGACCUAGGCGUCAAUGACUUUCCCGUCAUGAACUUCCACGAGCACAAGCGAGAGACCUUUUCCGUCUGUUGGAGCCCCAUCACCAAAGACACCUUUGUCUCUAGUUCAUGGGACGGGACCGUCAAGAUUUGGUCGCCGACGCGAAAUCACUCCAUAACCACCCUGCCCAUAGGCAACUGCACCUACAGCGUAUCCUUUUGCCCGUCUAAUCCGGCUCUCAUCUCGGCCGCGUCCUCCGACUCACACCUCCGAAUCUUCGACCUGCGCACCCCUUCCUCAGCAAAGUACCACAUGGUGGCCGCCAUACCCGUCCAUGCACCGCCGGCCACUAUGCCCGGAGCCGCCCCUGCCGCCGCCGGCGCCUCCCCCCCUGCCGAGAUCCUGACGCACGACUGGAACAAGUACAACGACACAAUAGUGGCCACCGGCGGCGUGGACAGGGUCUUGCGAACCUUUGACAUUCGCAACCCGGCCGGUGGACCGCAAUCACUGAUGCAAGGCCACGACUACGCUGUCCGCAGGCUGGCCUGGAGCCCCCACGCAAGCGACGUCCUCAUCAGCGCCAGUUACGACAUGACGGUGCGCCUGUGGAACGAUGGGUCCACGAUGCCACAGCUCUCCGGGCCAGGAACCGGGGCAGGCCGGCAGAUGGGCCUGAUGAACCGGCACACCGAGUUUGUCACUGGCGUUGACUGGUGUUUGUUUGGAGCGGGAGGAUGGGUGGCCUCCGUCGGCUGGGACGAGAGAGUCCUGCUGUGGGACGCCAACACGUUGAUGGCGCAGCGAUGA